UUCACUACAGCCGUUGCCACGGACAACCGCUUCGUUGUCACCAUGCGUUGCACUCCUGAAAAUCACGUAGGUUGAACUUUUUAUGUCGUUUCGUUGUGUAAUUUAUAUAAACUGAGAUAUAAUGUAAACUCUUGUCAUGGUCACGGGUUUACAGUGAGUGACGCUGAAGUUAAUGGACUCUAAAGGCUGCAGGAAGCUGUAAGCUAACCUUCAUCUGAGACGAAAGAGACCGAGCGAAGGCGGGCUGUGAUAAUUCUGAAACCAACACCACAAACUGCAAGAAAAACAUCAGUUAUAUCAUCUCCCAAUUCCAGCUGCACAUACCACACUGAUAUCUGUGUCAGGGUGUACUGGUCAGUGUUUUCCAGGGAAACUAUUCCAGCAAAGUCUGACCCAAAAGGCAACAUGUCAGAGAAGAGUGUUUGUAACCCAACCUGUGAUGACGAAAACAUUUCAGAGAAAGAACAGAAAGAAGUCCUCGUCUUUGAGACUGAACUGUUGUCCAGCACCGAUUCAUAUGAGGAUAUUAAAGUGCAAACAGAUGACAGUGCCUACUACGUCACAUGGACAGUUUACAUAGCUCUAGCCGUUCCACAGGGGGAAGUCAGUGCUCCUGAAGAUUCUGAGAAAGCAAUGAAAACAAAGAAUGUGUCGGUCUACAAAGCUCAGAGCUGCUAUCAUAUUGAAUACAAAUUGUUGCCAGGUGAUACUGAGACGGUUAAAGUGGACAUACUAGUAUUUGGGCCGGCAGCAAAAAUAUACAGAGAAGACGAGUGCAAGAUUCUAAGAACGUGGCUUGAGGGAGAUCAGAUUUGGGUUGGCUGGGCCCAGAAGUUUAACAUCGGACUCAACAGGGAUGUGCUCAUCAGUCUUCUACCUCAUAAGAUCAGGCUUCAGAUUUGGAACACUAAGGAUAAACUGUGCAGCCAAGCCCGCUACGAAAGAGUCAGAGCCUUCAGACUGUCACAGGAGCUGUCUGAGGAUGAAACAGAGUGCGGUUGUAUUGAGACGAUGGUGAACAAGCUGAGGAGCCUGUGUGAAAAUACGACACACACAUCUAAAAGACAAAGAAGCAAUUUUUGUGUUGAUCUCAGUCCAGAUGUGGGACCAGAAACGGGUUUUGAAAAAACCACGAGUGAUUAUCAUGACCUCGAGGCCAUCAGAGAUAGUGGCACUGCAUCAUUUGAAAUCAGCCCUGUUUGUUUGUUGGCAGGUGAGAACUCACUGACUGAGAACAUCCCAGUCUGUUCUUCUGGGGUUUUUGAGAUCAUCUUCAACAUUUCUCUGGAUGAACCACUGAUGUCAGACCAACUGAAGGCUGAACUCAAUCCACUUGUUAUCACAAUUUUGUCAGCCACUUCACUGCCUUCAUCGUCAGUGCCUUUUCACAUCCUACAGGAGAAAUGUAUGCCCGUUUAUUGCCAGUAUAAGUUCCAUAAUUUAAAUGAACACAGGACAAACUAUCACAAGCAGGACACCAACAUCUACUUCAGAGAUGUGAAUGUAAUCUUGACUGGUUUGAUGAGUCGUAAAGAGCUAUACGAGUUCCUAUCCGGUCCACCUCUGGAGAUAGAGGUUCAUGAUCGUGACCAGAAAUCGGAAGCGCUGAAAACCCAGACACUUGGGACUGCAUCAGAGCAUGACAUCCAGUUCGGUGGAUCGGUAUUACAGCAGAAGUCUUCAGCCAUUAAUCCUCAUGGUAUUGCAAAACUAAACCUCUCUGAGCUACUGCUGGGGAAGAAAAGUCUAAAGGUGUGCUUGCCAGUUAAAUGCAGCCCUUUGCUACUGGACAGGGAGCGAAGCCCACACAAGAGGAAGAUGUCAGAGAAGCCAAUGCCACAAGGCCAUUAUUACGCUGCCAAUUCUCAACUCAAAGUCAAAGUCGAGAUAACUUGCCCAUUCAGUGUUCAGAAUGACAGCUGUGAUGAGGACUCCUGUAAGGGUCCGUUUGGCCGCAUUGUCUACCUCUUUGGAUACAGCAACUCCUCUGCGAUGACCAAGCUGAGGUCGGAGAUACUGCAAAUCAAUGCGGCAGCUUUCCAUCUGGGCUCACGCUCAGUGGAAAACAUAGAGACAGCCCUGUCAAAUUACCAAAUGAAUUUUGAGCACAGUGAGACCAAGGAUCUGGAUUUUGUUUCAGGGUUUCAUGUGAUAGAUAAGAAGACCCACAUCUUUGUCCUUGAAGGGCUCAAACAAAAAACAGUGAAGAGACUCUGGGAAGCCAUUCCUAUGAAGCUACGUGGGAGUGAGGAGGAGCAGGUGACAGUGCUAUAUAAUUCAAACCUGGUUUUCUUCAGACGCAUCUAUGACUCACUAGACAUGAGCCUGAGUCCUAUCCAUCUGAGUCAGUCACUAGAGACCAUCAUGAAAAAGUCUCAGAUCUACGUUAGAGGCACGAUCCCCCAACCCUGCUUUCAGGCUUUGUCAAGGUUAAGCCAGCUUUGUCAAGUGAAGCAGCUUAAAGAGGUGGUGGAGUACAACCUGUUCCCCUCAGCUGACAUGAUUCUCAGCUUGAGCAGUGUAUUUGGUUUAUAUGCUGAGAAGAGGGAGCAAAAGGUUCGGGCAAACACUGAAGGGAGCAUUCCCACUCUGCCUAUCAGGAUGAAAAGACAUGGGCCCAUCAGCACACAUAACACAGAGUACAUCACAUGGAAACAGAACAGGCCUCUCCAGCAGCUGAAAGACUUUGUUCAGGAAAAUAUUAAAAAGGUGCAAGAGCAGAGAGAGCAGUUGCAGAAGCCAGAGGCUGCAGUGUUAAGGAUAGACAUGGCUGCAGGAAGAACAGCACACAACUACAGCAUCCAGACCUUCAACUCAAAUGAGCGAGCUAGGGAACUGCUCUGCAAAGAGAUGGCCAAGGUGCCUGGGCGCAGGUUUACCUACAGUCAACGGUAUAACAGUGCAACAGUGGACCCAGGAGACAUUCCAUGGAAAACCAAUGCUAGAUCUUCUUCUACAUCUACAUUUUGGAAUAUUAGCACGAGCAAGUCCAAAGUGCACCCUAACCACCCAGAUGAAGCUCGUGUGGAAGAGCUGAGAAAGCCGUGGAGGGAGAACAUCCUACAUGCCAACACACUGAAACCCACACUUUCACGCGACACAUGGCCCUGGACUCAACACUCGGAGGACUUUGAGCUCUACAGGAAACCUCCCCGGUUCUUCAGCACCUCUCCCGUGACCAUCUACCUGGCUGGAGAUCGUCUACAGCAGGAGCAGCUCCAAGCAGCCAGAGCUCAGUACAGCCGCUGGAAGAAGCAGCUGCUUCCUGACGGCAGCAACGUUAACUCAGCAGACAACAGCCCCGUCCAACAAUUCAAGUGUCACAUGAAAGGAAACCUGGAGAGAACUCAGGAUAUACUGAAAGAUCUGCCAAAGAAAUAUUCACUGAGGAAACCAGGCAUGAUACUUAAGCCUUUUCCUCAACUGUCCGUGAUGAACGCUGCUGACAACAAAGCAGAGGAACGGGAGAGAGUGCCUCUGGCUCCAGGCCCAUGCGUGGCCUGCAGCCUGGGAAGAAACGCCUUUCCCAGACACAACUCUCAGUACAGCAAGUAUCACUACAAUGGAUUCUGUGAGCAGCAUUCAUUUUUGUACAAGCGGACUGCCCUGCCUCUGACAGACAGGGAGAGGAGCAUCUUCAGGUUUCAAAAGUAGCAUUAAACAACAGUAAAGGUCAGCCAUUCAGGAAAACCUGGUGUCCAAACAGGCUCAUUAAAACUGCUAUCCUGCAAAAUUAUUCAUUAUAGCAUUAAAGUGAAAGAGCACUUAG